GGGCUGCUGAAACACGAUCCUUUAUCCAGAAGUCACAGAUGCAAACUAGCUCCGUUUAAAGGGCAUAACCUUCAGUAGCAGAACAAAUCAGGCCAGCCAGCAAGCUGCCAAGUCCUGCAGGCUCCUUGUCAAGGAAACCAGCUGGACCCAUUUCUAAUCAACAUCUCCCAACAUAACACCUCUGUGUCACUGAAGGAGACCGGACCAGAAUUUGAAACUUUCCAAAGACUUCUACUAGACAUUGAAUGCAAAAGGAUACUUGGGUUGCUUUGCAUAAAUCUGCUCUAUUUCAGAGACCAAGGGGGAGAAUACAGGUGUCACUUUCAUCCAAGAAGUCACACGAACAUACUCUACGUUUAAAGCUCUGCACGUAUAAUGGAUGAUGGUUAUCGAACCAGCCCAAACCUCUACCACGGUGCAAGAGAUAUAGCUCGAGAGGCUACCAGGCAGUCCCGGAACCAAGGAAUGGAUGACUACAAAUAUCAGGAUAACUAUGAGGGCUAUGCUCCCAAUGAUGGCUAUUACCGUGGCAGCGAGUCCAACCCAGAAGAGGACGCACAGAGUGAUGUUACAGAGGGCCAUGAUGAAGAGGAUGAAAUCUACGAGGGCGAGUACCAGGGCAUCCCUCACCCGGAUGACAUCAAGGCCAAGCAGGCCAAGAUGGCACCCUCCAGGGCAGACGGCCUUCGAGGCCAGGCAGACCUAAUGGCUGAGAGGAUGGAAGAUGAGGAGCAAUUGGCUCACCAGUAUGAGACCAUUAUUGAUGAGUGCGGCCAUGGACGCUUCCAGUGGACCCUCUUUUUCGUUUUGGGUUUGGCUUUGAUGGCCGAUGGGGUGGAGGUGUUCGUGGUGAGUUUUGUCUUGCCCAGUGCAGAGAAGGAUAUGUGUCUGUCCAGUUCCAAGAAAGGAAUGCUUGGGCUCAUAGUCUACCUAGGAAUGAUGGCAGGGGCCUUUGUCCUGGGGGGCCUGGCCGAUAAGCUGGGGAGGAAGAGAGUCCUCAGCAUGUCGCUGGCUGUCAACGCCUCCUUCGCUUCCCUCUCCUCUUUCGUGCAAGGAUAUGGCGCCUUCCUCUUCUGCCGACUCAUCUCAGGCAUAGGUAUUGGGGGUGCUCUGCCCAUUGUGUUUACCUAUUUUUCUGAAUUCUUGUCUCGGGAGAAGAGAGGAGAGCACCUCAGUUGGUUGGGCAUCUUCUGGAUGACUGGGGGCAUCUAUGCGUCUGCCAUGGCCUGGAGCAUCAUUCCACACUACGGAUGGGGCUUCAGCAUGGGCACCAAUUACCACUUCCACAGCUGGAGAGUGUUUGUCAUCGUCUGCGCUCUGCCCUGCACUGUGUCCAUGGUGGCCCUGAGGUUCAUGCCAGAGAGCCCAAGGUUUCUGCUAGAGAUGGGCAAACAUGACGAAGCCUGGAUGAUUCUCAAGCAAGUGCAUGACACCAACAUGAGGGCUAAGGGGGCCCCGGAGAAGGUGUUCACGGUUUCCAACAUCAAAACUCCCAAGCAAAUGGAUGAAUUCAUUGAGAUCCAAAGUUCAACAGGAACUUGGUACCAGCGCUGGCUCGUCAGGUUCAAGACCACUUUCAAGCAGGUCUGGGAUAAUGCUCUAUACUGUGUGCUGGGGCCCUACAGGAUGAACACGCUGAUUCUGGCCGUGGUCUGGUUCAGCAUGGCUUUAAGCUACUAUGGACUGACAGUUUGGUUCCCUGAUAUGAUCCGGUAUUUUCAAGAUGAAGAAUACAAGUCCAAAAUGAAGGUAUUUUUUGGUGAGCAUGUGUACGGUGCCACAAUCAACUUCACGAUGGAAAAUCAGAUUCACCAACAUGGGAAACUUGUGAAUGACAAGUUCACAAAGAUGUACUUUAAACAUGUACUCUUUGAGGACACGUUGUUUGAUGAGUGCUAUUUCGAAGAUGUUACGUCUACUGAUACCUAUUUCAAAAAUUGCACCAUUGAGUCAACCAUCUUUUAUAACACAGACCUCUACGAGCACAAGUUCAUCAACUGUCGCUUUAUCAACGUCACAUUUCUGGAGCAGAAGGAGGGCUGCCACAUGGACUUUGAGCAAGAUAACGACUUCUUGAUUUACCUCGUCAGCUUCCUUGGCAGUCUGUCUGUCUUGCCUGGGAACAUCAUUUCUGCCCUGCUCAUGGAUAGAGUCGGAAGGCUCAAGAUGAUUGGUGGCUCCAUGCUGAUCUCGGCGGUCUGCUGCUUCUUCCUGUUUUUUGGCAACAGCGAAUCGGCGAUGAUUGGCUGGCAGUGUCUGUUCUGUGGGACCAGCAUUGCUGCCUGGAAUGCUCUGGAUGUGAUCACAGUAGAGCUGUAUCCCACCAACCAGAGGGCAACAGCCUUUGGCAUCCUCAAUGGAUUAUGCAAAUUUGGAGCCAUCCUGGGAAACACCAUCUUUGCUUCUUUUGUUGGGAUAACCAAAGUGGUCCCCAUCCUUCUGGCUGCCACUUCUCUCGUUGGGGGUGGCCUGAUUGCUCUUCGACUGCCAGAGACUCGAGAACAGGUCCUGAUGUGAACAACACAUGAGGAAAGGAAACGUUGGAAGAACCUUGUCCAGGAACCUUCAGUGCACCCACACUUCCUGUCUGUCACUGUCCAGAGGACACCUGGAUAGCACGGGAGGAGAAGUUGAUUUUGUGACCCCUAGUUUAGGACUCAUUUCAGCUGUCAAUAUGUUUGUUACUCAGGUGACUGAUUUGGGGGUGUCCUGAGCUGCCCUUAUAAUCAGAGUGCUGUGUGCUUGGCUUCAGGUCUCCCCAACGCAAGGCAGAGGAAGAGGGAUAAACCCUCCCGUGGGUGCGCACACAAAGCAAGGAGUGUGCAUUUCCCCAAAUGAGGUGCAAGGACUUAUUUGCAUUUCAAAAUGAAUUUGAGGGUGAGAAACACUCAAGUUCCUUCAUAAUGGUCCUUGGAGCCCAAUGACCUAUCAGAUUGACUUGGCAGGAAGCUCGAGUCCUCAUAUGAAUAUUGGGCUUGAAGUACAGGUUGCUUAUAUUUUUGCAUUUAAAAGUAUCACCUAUCGUAUUUUCCAUUUGAAAAUCACCACAAUAGCAUUGAAGAUACUCUGAUAUAGAAAACCAAAUAUUUGAGCAAUAUCUAUAGAAGUCUGCUUUCCCCACCAAGUGUCCUAAGCUUUCCAUGAUGAUUAGGUGGUAAAUUUAACAAUGAUAUUUAUUCCUAUUUUAAUCUAGUCAAAGAAACUUAAUGGGAUAGGUAUUCUGUAAACUAACUGUAUAUAACUCUAUUUGGGUUUAAUUUGAGGAAAUGGUAUCUGAAAAUAUUUGCCAGCAUUUUAGCCAUAUUUUGGGAGGACUUGGCAUUUGAAGUCCCAAGAAAUUGGGUCCAAGGGAAUGAAAUGCAAGCACAAUUUCUCAUAGCCAUUUAACUUGCUGUGGGGAGGAUGCAGUUAGCAAACUCAUGUCGCACAGUUCGUUUAAUCCAGGCACUUUUCUUUGUGUAGGUGGAGUAGUUACUUUCCUCUUACACAGAUCACUGUCUUGUGAAACUCAAGCAUCUUCAGUGCUGGCAUUUAACUUUGCUGCUCCCCCAGAAACAACAGGAGAAGUGUUCAGUGGCUUCUGGCACUCUCUUUGUGGGCAAGAAGAAAACAUAGUGGACAAUCUGGGGGACUGAGAGAGGGUUGGGGAAAUGUAGUCACAGUACUUCAAAGCAUAGUUCUUUCCAUUUAUUUUAGCAGUACAACAUGACCCAUAUUUGAUGUCAUGGUCAAGACCCCUGAGGAAUCUGUGCUAUGUAUGCCCGUUCACGGCUUUUGAAAUGGAUGUCACUGGUGCGGGAGUAGGGAGUGCAGUGGCUGUGAAAUACGUUUUCCUUGAGUGCUCUAAGAAGCCAUUUCCUGUGAUCCAGUUUGGAACAUGAAUGGUGGUGGUGGUGGGAGCAGGGUGAGGAAUCUUAGACAAAUUGCUUUGGCAAGGGUCAGCAAUAGACUCAAGACCUGACGAAAUAGGAAAUGAACAACGUUUGAGCCAUCAGAACUGUCCUGCGUGGAAGGAACAGUGAGCUUAUGAGCUCCUGGCCCUGGAGGGGAACUUGCCAAGGCCGGCUGAACAUCAGUCUGCAAGAACUAGUUCUUUGAGUUGAUUUGCAACGCUCUCAAUGCUGUCAGGUGCCACACUUUCCCUACCAGAAAUUUCCAAAAAUUCAAAACAGAAUAAUGAUGGCUGUGCUGAGUGUUUUCCCAGUUUUGGAGGAAUGCUUAGGCUCCAUGAUAGCUUCAGGCCAUGUUAUUCUCUGGAGUAACAGGUAAAGGGGGGAAGAGUAAACAUUAUGACACCUUUCUACCCUCGAUUUGAGAUCAGUUUUAAUGGUUAAAAUGUUUACUCUGCUUCUCUUGUCCCCUACCUCUUUAUGCACCCCCUUUUUUCUCUGUACGGGGAAGGACAACAUAGCAUCUCUGAUCUGACCUUGAUUCCCCCAGAUGUAUAAAUAUACCAUUGCGUAUUAGUGUUUCUCUAAUUGUUUUACAGGAGUUACCUAACAUAAAUGCCAUGUCAGUUAUGAGAGGUCCAAUGUAAUAUAGCUGUAAUAUACUUUCCAUAUUCUUGCGAUAUGAAAUACAGUGGCUAGGUUCAUAAAAGAGAAUUGUCUAAACCUGGGGUCACCACAUCCCUUAUAACAUUAUUCUUCAAUGGGAUAAUACAAUUCAAUGAGCAGCUGCCACUUAAACAAUUUACAAGGCAGAGUCUGCAUUUCUAGUUGAGAUGGAUUUUGUAAAUCUAAAGUCGGAUUAAUUUUUGAGUGUUGAGGUGGCUGCAAUAAUUUGGGGGUAAACAUCCUUUGAUACCCAAGCUCUAACUUUGACUUUGCCUCUAUGGCUCCCUACACCAACCACCUAACUAACCAAGGGCAAUUCCCAUCUCAUUCAUCACUAGGCCUUUGUAAAGGUGCAGCCAUUCUCUGCAGCCUUUAACCAUGAAGGACUGUCUGGCGCUGGGACCUGGCCAUUUCUUCAAUGCUGUCACUCCUGCUGAGAUAAAUGCUUCUUUAAAAAUAGUCUCUGCGGCUGGUCAUUGGGAGAUAAUGGACAGCAUUCCUGGCCAUCCGUUUCUUUUUCAUUUCAUGUUCUACUCUGAGACAUUCCCAGUGGCAUCCGUGGAGAGCUGAAGGGAAGAGGCGCUCCUUCGCUGAGCAAAUCUGUUCCCAGUUCUUGCUGUAUUUUAUGAUGCCCGGUUUGACAGUAGUUACUUUUAAUAGUCCCAACUGUAUUGUGUUAUCUCUUGAUGCUGGUUUUUUAUCUUUUGUUUUAUUGGAAAUGAUUAGUGAGAGGGAUGUGCCUAUUUGUGAAGUUUAU